AAGAUGGCAGCGAGACGGGUGAAUUUUUUUCCUAGCUGACUGCAUUUUGACGAUUUAAGUGCUCAUUUCCUCGCUAAUUGUACUAUAAGUGAGUUUUGUGUGAUCUCGAAGUCUUUUGAGUUGUUUUGCAACAUAUUUACCGAGUCGGACAUCGAACAAUUCGCUUAAAAAGAGAAGCAGGAAAACCGACCAUGACCUCCACGGACACCUCUGCGCUGGCCUCGGCCCGGCGCCGCGCCCUAACUGUAGCUGUCAGCGCUCUGUGUACAGAGGGAGGGUUUGGAACCGCAGAGAAGGGCGCACUGGAGAGCUUAACUGAGAUGCUACAGAGCUAUAUCACAGAGAUGGGCAGGAGUGCGAAGCAGUACUGUGAACUGGCCGGGCGGACGGAGCCCAUGCUGACUGAUGUUACUGUGUCCCUCAUAGAAAUGGGUAACAAUUUACUAUUAUAUCUAGGCCUAAAAUACUGA